AUGGAAUUGUGGCGGUUAGAUCAGCUGAUCGUUUGUUGUUCUGAUUGGCCAGAAGGGGGUAGAGGGACCAUCCUAACCUAAAAAACUGGGCAUAACGGUGACAGCAACCCUGGUAGUUCCACAACGAUCCAAUGGAGAAGGAGAAGAGAGAGGUGCCUUCGCUCUUGCGAAAAGUCUUAGCAGUUGAUGCAUACGUCACCGAUGUAUUCGUGAAAAAACUCGAGAGAAUUUCACCUCUUCGACAGCUCAGAGUCCAUUGUAAAUUGCUGGAGAUAUCAGCGCAUGGGAUUCCCUGGCUCGCCGGGUGGUUGGCAUUGCUCUGGAUUGUUAACAGCAAAAAUUUGUAUCAGAUGCAAGUGAAUUUAUUUUUAGGGCUCUUGAUGGAUAUCUUUUUGAUUGCUAUUCUGAAGGCAGUAACACGAAGACGAAGGCCCAUGAAAAGUGACGAUCCCUUCGCUGUGGGACCCGAUAAAUAUUCCUUUCCAUCUGGACAUGCCUCGAGAACGACAUUCAUCACCUAUUUCUUCAUAAAUCUGUGGCCAGUGUCCUUUGUAUUCAUACCUCCUCUGCUAGCUUGGACGAUAUCCGUUUGCAUCUCGAGACUGUUAAUGCGGAGACAUCACCUUCUUGAUAUAAUUGCAGGAAUCGUUCUGGGGUUACUCAAUGGUUUAUUGAUAGGUGUCAUGUACUUGGAAGCUGAUACAUGCCUUGGUCUCGUGUCUUGGUUGACUGAUGAAAAACUUGACGGGGGUGAAUACCACGUAUGAGAGAAUGUGUCUGUUUAAAUAUUUUUAUAAUUGACGAGAAAUGAUCAUCGUCUUGAUUAUAGUUAUAGUUACUACGUCUUCCUUUUGUGAUAAAUAAUAAGACGAGUUGACGGCUUAACUGAGUCUUUAUUCUGUAAAAUGUUAUAUCAAGAGUGUGAAUAUUUCAAUAUGAGUUUGAAUAUGUUUAUCCCCA